GUAGGUGACAUAGUGGAAAGGACACGAUCACGGUAUACCAUGUUUUGGUUUAUUUUAAGCGCUGUUUUACUUUUAUGUGCAUUGCGAUAUCGUCAUCCAUACUUCAUCAAAGAAGCCCAAUACGUGUUCAGGAUUUUCUCAGCUCGAUAUCGCCUGUCAAAAUGCCAAACAUCCAAGCCAUACUAUACCUUAGUGGAUCGAUUUCUGGAUUCAGUUCAGAAGAACCCAAACAAAGCGUUUAUUCGCUUUCGAGAUGACACAUAUUCAUAUGUGGAUUCAGAUAAAGAGAGUAAUAAAGUCGCGAGGACUUUAUUAAAGCACGCAAAUCUUCAUGAAGGAGAUACAGUUGCGCUUCUCAUGGGGAAUGAGCCCAUGUUCUUGUGGAUAUGGUUGGCUUUGGCCAAGAUUGGAUGUUCUGCUGCUUUUCUUAACUACAAUAUCAGAUCUAAAUCAUUGCUGCACUGUUUCUCCUGCUGCGGGGCUAGCGUGUUGAUUGCUGCUGCAGAACUACAGGAUACUGUUGAGGAGGUGCUGCCUGCACUGAGAGAGCAGGGGGUCUCGGUUUAUAUACUUACUGAUAAUAUUAACACUGACGGGAUGCAAAGUCUCACUGACAGGAUCAGACAGGCCUCGGAUGAGUCCAUUCCUGCAGAUCUGAGAGCCAACGUUACCUUCAGCAGCCCAGCUGUGUACAUCUAUACAUCAGGCACAACAGGUCUUCCAAAGGCAGCAUUGAUUAAUUAUCAAAGGUUGUGGGCCAUGGCCUUUUUCCAGUUCCUGUGUGGAGUGACUUCUGAUGAUGUGGUUUAUGUCAACCUUCCUUUGUAUCACAGUGCUGGCUUUUGCCUUGGAUUUAUUGGUUCCAUUGAAAGAGGCGCCACUGUGGUUUUAAGGAGCAAGUUCUCUUCCUCUCAGUUCUGGGAUGACUGCAGGAAAUACAAUGUAACAGUGAUGCAGUAUAUUGGAGAGACAAUGCGCUACCUCUGCAAUACACCAAAGCGUUUUAGUGACCAAGUGCACAAUGUUAGAAUCGCCUUCGGGAAUGGACUCAGGGCAGAUGUUUGGAGGACGUUUAUAAGUAGAUUCGGUCAUGUUGACAUCAAAGAAUUCUACGGUGCAACUGAGGGGAACAUGAGCUUCCUAAAUUUCGCUGGCAAAACUGGGGCUGUUGGGAGAGUGAACCCUUUUCACAAGAAAUUGAACCCAUAUGCCUUGAUCAAGUUUGAUCUGGAGCAAGAGAUUCCUGUUAGAAAUGCAGAUGGAUAUUGCAUGGAAGCUGCUAAAGGCGAGACGGGUCUCCUGAUAUCAAAGAUAACCCAGAGGUCUCCCUUUUCUGGAUAUGCCAAGGAUCCAAAACAGACAGAGAAGAAGAAACUGUACAAUGUGUUUGAGAAGGGCGAUGUUUACUUGAACUCUGGUGAUCUGUUCAGGGUAGAUCACGAAAACUUCAUCUACUUCCAGGAUCGGGUGGGCGACACUUUUAGGUGGAAAGGGGAGAACGUAUCUACAAAUGAGGUGUCGGACAUGAUGACAAUGGCAACGAAUAUCGAGGAAGCAAACAUAUAUGGUGUUACAGUUCCAGGGCAUGAGGGUAGGACAGGAAUGGCUGUCAUCGUAAUAAAGGAAGGUCAGCAGUUUGAUUGCGAUGGCAUUUUUAGUCAUGUGACCACUUACCUUCCCUCUUACGCGAGACCACGUUUCAUAAGGAUUCAGAACUGUUUGGCUGUUACUUGCACCUUCAAACAGCUCAAAAUGAUGUUGGUAGAGGAAGGCUUCAACCCUGCAGUAAUCAAGGACCCGCUGUAUUUCUUAGAUGAGGCAGUGAAAAGCUACAGACCUUUGACACAUGAGAUAUACGAGUCUAUACUGGAGGGUCACGUCAAAUUGUGAAGGCUUUACUUUUUGUAAUAAGUUGAAUGAAUGAUCGCAUUGUUUUGAUCAGAUUUUUAUAAACAGGAAAUUAUGCCAACACUGUAAUGAUGAGAAGAAAAAAAAAGAAAAGAAAAAAAAGAAACGCUUACUGCUUUUUUUAGUGUAUUAUAAAUCUCUUGAGGGAACUGUUUACAGAAAUGUAAACACAUUUAUCGCACAAUACUUGUAAAAUUACUUGUAAAAGUUCUCUAUUUGGUUUAAAAAGAUAAUAAAAAUUAUAAUUAAAAAUCAAA